CCUCAAGUAUGGCUUGAGUUUGAGUACCGACUAUGAAUACGGAGCAUAAUGUAAAAAUGUAAAUUAUAAUUUAAUUAUUGUAAACACAGCAUUUGUCCAUUGUAAUAUUUUGUAAAUGUAAUGUAAAGUUGUAAAGUGUGUUCCUUAUUAUUCCAUAGGGAAUUGUAGUGAUUUCACUUUGUGUGUGUGUUAAUUAUUAUUAAUGAAUUACAUAAAAUUAAGUGUAAUAAAAUGGAGGUAAAACAAGAGAUUAGUGAUGAUUCCUGUAAAGUAGAAACAGAGUAUAAUGACUUGGAUGAUGCCCUUUUGGUUUUGGAUGGCUUCAAAUGUGAACUUAAACUUAAAGAGGAAUCCAGUGGGCUAAGUACACGUGGCACUUAUGAUUAUUUAGACUUGAAGGAACAUUCCAUAAAAACUGAAAUAGAAAAACUUGGGAGCAAACUUAGCCCAUUUGAAAAAAACCACCAAAAUGAAACAGAUUUUCUCCAAGACACCAAAAUGGAAAUCAUGGAAACACUACCUGAACAUUCAUCGCACGAAGCAAAUUAUACAAAUCCUCAUGCUGAAGCAAAAACAUUAACUAAAUACAUGAACGAAAUACCUUACAAAUGUGAAAUUUGUUUUAAGCAGUUUAGUGAAGCAAGUCGUUUAGAAGUACAUUUGAGAGUGCACACUGGAGAAAAACCCUACAAGUGUGAAAUUUGUUUUAAGCAGUUUACUCAACCAGGUAUUUUAAAAAGACAUUUGUUAGUGCACACUGGAGGAAAACCGCACAAGUGUGAAAUUUGUUUUAAGCAGUUUAAUCUAGCAAGUUAUCUAAAAAAACAUAUGAGAGUGCACACUGGAGAAAAACGUCACAACUGUGAAAUUUGCUUCAAGCUGUUUAACCAAUCAAGUGAUUUGAAAAGACAUUUGAGAGUGCACACUGGGGAAAAACCUCACAAGUGUAAAAUUUGUUUUAAGCAAUUUAUUCAAGCGAGUGCUUUGAAAAUACAUAUGGGAGUGCACACUGGGGAAAAACCCCACAAGUGUGAAAUUUGUUCUAAGCAAUUUAUUCAAGCAGGUCAGUUAAAAACACAUUUGAGAGCGCACACUGGAGAAAAACCUCACAAGUGUGAAAUUUGUUUUAAGCAAUUUAGUCAUGCGAUUGAUUUGAAAAUACAUAUGAGAGUGCACACUGGGGAAAAACCCCACAAGUGUGAACUUUGUUUUAAGCAGUUUAGUCUAGCAGGCAAUUUAAAACGACAUAUGAGAGUGCACACUGGAGAAAAACCUCACACGUGUGAUAUUUGUUUUAAACAAUUUUCUGAAACAAGUCAUUUAAAAACACAUUUGAUAGUGCACACUGGAGAAAAACCUCACAAGUGUGAAAUUUGUUUUAAGCAGUUUAGUGAAGCAGGUAAUUUAAAAAGACAUUUGAGCGUACACACUAGGGAAAAACCUCACGAGUGUGAAAUUUGUUUUAAGCAAUUUAUUCAAGCACAUCAUUUAAAAACACAUUUGAGAGUACACACUGGAGAAAAACCUCACAAGUGUGAAAUUUGUUUGAAGCAAUUUAUUCAAUCCAGCCAUUUAAAAUCACAUUUGAGAGUACACAGAAAAACUCCACUCGUGUGAAAUUUGUCUUAAGCAAUUUAUUCAAUCAAGCAAUUUAAAAAAACAUGAGAGUGCACACUUGUGUAAAACCUCACAAAUGUGAAAUUUGUUUUAAGCAGUUUAGUAGAGCAAGUAAUUUGAAAUACCAUUUGAGAGUGCACACUGGAGAAUGAUCUGAGUAGCAGGGUUGGCAAAAACCAAGGUUUUUUCCAAAAAAAAAAACGGGUUUUUUUGGUUUAAACCAGGUUUAUUUGAUGUAAAGUAUAAUAAGUCUAAAUACUUUAAAAAUAAUAGUAACAAACAAUGAAAAGAAUGAUUAAGACAACUUUUAUUUUUAUUUACACACACAAAAAAUUAACAUAACCAAAAAAAAACAUAUUCCAACGUAAUAAUAUUCAAAAUAACUGAGUUCGAAAGUAAAAAAAUAGAAUUGAUUUAUCUUAAUUUUCUUCAUUUGUGGCAGCUGUAUUAAAAACUUUAAAUAAAAGCAUCAGUUUGGAGGAUCAGUAAAAAACCAGGUCUUAAAAACCAAUUGGUUAAAACCUUGAUUUAAACCAAGGUUUUAAGCAUGCUGGUUUAAACCUACCAACCCUACUUAGAACUGUGAAAGUUUGUUUUUGGCAGUUUUCUCAAUAUUUUGAAAUAUCAUUUAAGUAGGCACACUGGACAAAAACCUCAAUAAUCACAAAACGUAAUUAAUAUUUUUUAUACAACCCAUAUCGUCGGUACUGCGAAAACCAAAUAAAUGACAAAUUUUCAAAAAUAUUGAGUUAAGUGUACCAAAAUUCUCAGCUUUUUACGCUCUACAUACAAGUAAGUUGAAUGUACGUUCUAUGUAAAUGUUGCUCUACGUAAAUGUUGAAUAAACAUUAAAUGUAAAAUUUAAGGUAAAAUAAAUCAGGGUUGUUUUGUUUUAAACAUUUUGUUUUAAUAAACUGUUUUAAACAUGUUUAAAACACUUAAAUUAAACAAGCGUUUUUUUCAUUUUCUUUGUGAAUAUAGGCCUCUGAAGUUAUAGGUACAGUGAGGACGUUUGAGUUGGAAUAAAUUCAUUUUCUCGAGAAUGAGCGACCGACUCUGGAGAUAAAUUACGAAUCAGGUCGAUUUUCAUUUUUAAAUUAUAAUUUUUCAGCAUAUGUAUCAUACUAGUGACGUCAUCCAUCUGGGCGUGAUCACGCAAUCGAUGAUUUUUUUUAAAUAAAAAUAGGGGUCAUGUGACAGCUCAUUUGAAAGGUUAUUCAAUUCUCUAUUCACUGAUAUAAAUAUUAACAUAAUUAUUUAUACAGGGUGCCCAAAAUUUUUUUUGAAUAAAAUUAGUUGAGACAAAAAGAAGAAUCUAUAUAAUUUAUUUAAUUCGAAAUACAUUUUACUGCUGUCAGAAAACGGAAAAAAAUGUUAAUUUGAAAGAUAAACAUUGCUUUUCGCUUAAAUUAAAUGCUCAAACUGCUAAGAGGCAGGUGGGUGGCAGCUUUAAUAUCUAUUGAAUUUAAGCGAAAAACAAUAUUUAUUUAUUAAAUAAACAUUUUUUCCUGUUUGCAGACAACAGUAACAUGUAUUUCGAGUUAAAUAAAUUACAUAUAUACAUUCUUCUUUUUGACUCAAUUAAUUUAAUUAAAACAAAAUUUUUGGGCACCUUGUAUAAAUAAUUAUGUAACAGUUUAUAUUAAUGGAUAGAGAGUUGAAUAACCUUUCAAAUGAGCUAUCACACGACCCCUAUUAUUAUUUAAAAAAAUCAUCGAUUGCGUCAUCACGCCCAGAUGGAUGACGUCACUAGUAUGAUAUAUAUGCCAAAAAAUUGUAAUUUAAAAAUAAAAAUCGAUCUGAUUCGUAAUUUAUCUCCAAUGAAUUUAUUCCAACUUACACGUCCUUACUGUACCUAUAACUUCAGAGGCUUGUAUUUUGAAACCAUGAUUUUUUGGAGCUACGCGCCCAUUGAGACUUUUAUUCUACACAUCAAGGACUACCAGAACCCAAAGUUUCAGAGCAUUUGACAGAGAGCCAUUUCCCAUAAGGUUUCUGCGGGGUCCUUUGUCAAAAAAUGAACCGGGAUCAAUGCCAUUUCCAUAAGCUCCUUCACUUUAUUCGUAACAUUUACCAAAAACUCGCUAUUUGCAUGUUCAGGCUGAAAUGCUUCCAGAAGUUCUAGUCAUAUCUCUGUAGCCUCUCCUUUAGUGCAAGUAUUUGGACUUUGUCCCUGCAAUAUACUUUAUUUUUAUAAAUACCUAGUCUUAGGCAUUUGUCUUUAAAUUUGUAUCAUUUACAAGCUUUAUUACAUCUUUGUCAAUACUGUUUGAGCAAACGUGAAAUAAUAUUGGCCAGUUUUCCAACUAACUUUCUAAGCAUUCCCAUAAAGUAUUCCAAUGAACAUCCUGGUGCAAUACAAGAGCAGAAUCACCAGCUUCUCGGCAUUUUGUGCUAGCAAAAUGUAUUUUUUAUGUACAUUUCUGAAAUAUUUGCAACUUUUUUUACUACUCUUUAUUCCUGGCACUUCUAUAUCAUGGGCAAGUAAGUUCAAUAUAUGGGCCGAACAGUCAUAAGUUAUUAUAUGUAUCUGUGCUGCCUAAUUCCUCAAAAAGAUCCUUCUCAUUUUAAGAAAAUAUGAUUUAAACAAUGUUUUUUCUACGUUUUAUUUGUUUAAAACAUGUAAUAUAAAAACAAAAAAAAAACAUGUUUAAAACAAAAAAAACCGUUUAAAACGAAAAAAACGUUUGUUUUGUAUAAAAUAAAAAAAACAUGUUUUUUUGCAACCCUGAAAUAAAUGAUGCAACUUACCAUUGAGUUGAUAAUUUUUGUAAUAAACAAAUAAGUUACACCUAACCAACUUUUCGUUUUUAAAUCAUCAUCAUCAACGGUGCUACAGCCCUAUGAAAGAGCCUUGACCUUCCCAAGUCAUUACUCCAGUCAGUCCUAUCCAUUGCCAACCGUUGCCAGUUUGCUGCGCCUAUUUUUCUCCCAUCCUCAUCUACACCAUCCUUCCAUCUGAGUUUUGGCCUACCCCUAUUUCUACUUCGCACAGGUUGUGACAUAAGGAUUCUUCUAGGAGGGUUGUUCUGCUGUGAUCUUCAUAGAUGUCCUGCCCAUCUUCGUUUUUAAAUAAAACAAUAUAUUGCUACUUCAACAAUAUAUCGCUAUAUUAACAAUAUAUCGUUUAAGUUUAGUUUCAAACUUCUUAAAAUAUUUCUCACAUUUUCAAAUUUUAUUUACCCGUUUUCGUCAUAGUAGGCACUGCCAAUGUUAGUCGCUUAAGUGGUUCCGUUAGUAGAUCGAAAUAAAUUAUUUUAAACAAUUUUAUUUGGAGGUUUAGUUAUUCCGUCUGUGUUAACUGCUCAAAGGCGAUUGUAAGUACCUAUUUCCAGCUUAAUUUUUUUUCAUUGAGGUAACAUUUUUUUUCUUUCGUUUUCUUUUAGAGAAAAUCGCCAAUCAGGUUAGGGGCGUGGGUGGGCUCUUAUUAUAAGGUUGUUAAAUUGCCUAAUUCAAUUUUUGGGGAUGUUUGGAGGAAUGAUACCUAUUACCGCUAAUUAAAUUAUGGAUUUAGCGACGAAUGCAUCUAAUUCGGACAUUUGAGUUUUUUUGUAUUAUGGUUUCCGUUUUCUACCUGGUAUUCCCGUAUGGAGGAGAUUCCGUAGGAGUUGGUUAUUUUUGUUAAAUUUGGUUCGAGCUUUAUGGUCUCAUCCCGGCUUUCAGCCGGUUUUUUUAUUGAUUGGCUACAUCCACGUGUCAUGGUUGGAGAAAUAGGAGCAUGGCAAUACUAAGAUAAGUACUUUAGUGCAGGGGUUCCCACCGGUGGUACGCGUACCACUGGUGGUACGCGGGAAGAUUUCAGGUGGUACGCGUCGCGUUGGUGAAACAAGCGAUUACGCUGGUCUGCGAAACUGUCAGUGCAGUUUGUCGGGUCGGGUACUGCUUUCUACGCUGUUAUCCAGUGGCGGCUCGUCAGAGGAGGCAAGGAAGGCUUAGCCUCCCCAUAAAUUUUUUACACACGCGACACUGUUUUUUUUAUCAUGAAUCGCGAAAACAACAAGCACUCUCACUAUUAUACAACGUGUAUAUUCCAUAUUAUCACUAAAUAUCCAUACGCACGGAGCAUUAGCAUUAGAACACAUGAUUACGUCUCAGUUUUUUUAUUAUUAUUGUAGGCAGGACCCUGGGUUAUCCCGAGAUGCAUGAACGGAGCCGAGAAGUGGAGCAGCCUCCGUAGCUGAAGCACCACGCAGCGCAGCAGGCGUUUAAGGAGACGCGGUCUCCUAACAGUGGCAUCUACGGUGCCAUCACACGCUGCCCGGAGAUAUACCAAGGGAGGCUAAGUAGCUUCUCGGCUCCGUUGCAUGCAUCUCGGGACAACGAGUUUUAGGGUCCUGACUAAAAAUAUUCAAAAAGCUAAAAGUGCGAAUUUUGUUAUGAAAUUUGGUAUGAGGAGUUAGACUAAUAUUUGGAACAACUUGUUUAAAUAACUUUUUCCGAUAUCUGUAACUCAAAGCAAAAUAUCGGUAAUUUAUCGUGUUUUUGAAUUCGCAGUAGGCCGCGUUUAGAAUUAAAAAAAUUCAGUUGAGUAUCUUAAAAAAUGUGAAGCUUCAUCCUGUAUGGACUGCAAAACUUCAAAUCUGUAUUUAUUUUGAUAUAUAUAUAUAUAUAUAUAUAUAUAUAUAUAUAUAUAUAUAUAUAUAUAUAUAUAUAUAUAUAUUAUAUAUCUACUUACAAAGAUGGAAUUGUUAACAAAUAAACGACACAAACUUUGGUAUUAAACUUUUACAAUUAGACUAACUAUUUUUAAAAUAUGUUAUCAUGAAAUUAUAAUUAUCACGAUAUUAUGAAAUGUAAAUAAAAAAAAUGGGGCCCUAAAUUACAUCUUUUGGCGCAUUUUUUUGCUAGUGCAAAUUUAUAUAGUAUCAUCAUUUUUUUGAAGAAAACGAAAUAUCUCCAAUAACAGGUGUGGUUGCUAAUAUAAUCAUUAUUCACUUGGAAUCUCUUCCAGAAAGAUUUAAUAAAUAUUUCUCUGAAGAUUAUUCCAAACUUGACUGAAUUUGAAAACCCCACCAAAUAAUAAUAUAAUAUCGUAUGGCAUUUUUGCCGGGGAGAUCCUUUCGGAUAGUUCCAGCGCCAAUUACAUCUUUAACCCUGUUUCAAGUAACUAGUGUCGAUGUACACUAGCCCAGGGGGACCGACGGCUUAACGUACUCUCCGAGGCACGGUGAGACGGCUCGUGUCAUUAUUGGAAAUGAAAAUGGUUUGUCUUUGGCAGGGAUCGAACCCACGUCUACUGGCGUAUGAGGCCAGCGUUUAUGCCGUUACCCACGGCCGCUCACGUACCCACGGCCGCUCACACCCCACCAAAUGAGUUGGAAUUACAGGAAUCUUUCAUCGACCUAACAGAAGACAGUUCUAUGGAGAGUAUAUAUUCUUUGGUUCUAUGAAAGACAGUUUUAAAGAGAAAUCCUUAAUUGACUUCUGGAUGAGACGUAAAUCCGCGUAUCCAAUGUCCUUCCGGCAAGCUAUGCUGUUUUAAUGCAUUUUGUCACUAGUUACUUGUGUGAGACUGGUUUUUCUGACUUAUUGUGUAUAAAAAAUAAAUAUAGAAUCAGACUAACAAGUGUUGGAGAGGACUUAAGAAUAAAAUUAAGUUCAAUAAAAUUACUCCUGCAAUUGGCACUUUAAUCAUAGGCAAACUGCAACAAGUUUCGGAUUAUUCUCGAUAUAUGUACAAUGACUAAUGUAGAUUUUUGUUGAUUUGUAUUAUUUUUGGAUGGUAGUUUGUACAAAUAAUUUUUUAACACAGCACUAUAUUUUUGUAUUGGGACCGUGCAAGUUUGGCAAAGCGACACCUGGUUUCUACGCUCCGCAACAUUUUUCGCACUUAAUUAUAUUGGCCAAUUAUAUUAGUCCUGGUUACUGGAUAAUUGUCAAAGCCAUAGUCCAAAAAAUAAUAAGAAAAAAUACGAUUCAGGUUAUGUUAUUUAAAAACGUAAACAAUUGUAUGUAGUAAAUAAAAUUAGUUAUUAAAAUGCAGUACUGCAAGCAAAAUACAAUUAAUUAAAUUUACCUUUAUAUAAUAAUUGCAUAUCAUAUCAAUAUUGUGGAGCAAUGUAUAAUUUUUCUUCUUCAAUGACAGUAGGUAUGAAAUAUACGUCAAUUUGACAAUUUCAAUUGACAAUAUGAAUUAUUUAAGAAUGUUGCAAUAUUUCAGAAACCAGUACUAGGUUAUCGCUUAAACCCGUUUAAGUUGACCAAGAUUUUAACCGAUACUCGCUAUCAUAGGUGGUUUAACUCCGAAUUUUCCGACAGACGUUUGUAUUUGCUGAAAGAAGAGGUUAGUUAAAUUAUGACAUUUUGUGUUAUCGCGGGAAAUAUUGUAUUAUGUAUUAUUAUAUUCUUGAUUAUAUCUUCAUCAUCAGAUGAAGAAUCGGAACUUGAAUGCAUUAAUCAUUUUUGUAAUGUUAUGUUAUUUGUUAUUUAUAAAAUAGGUUAUGAAAUUCUAUUUUGUUUAUUUUUCUGUCAAAAAUCUAUAGAAUUGCACAUCUUGGUUUAAAGCACUGAAAAACGAUAUAAGGGUUAAAAUAUUGGUUAAAAUUUAAACUAGGUUAGCUAACCAAAAUUUUAACCGCUCACUGAAAAACCGGGCCUAUGAGUAAUAAAUUAUAAUGUGCAUAAUUAUUAUUCUAUUUUUCCUUUAUUGUCAAAAUUUUAUUAAAAAACGUAUAUCUGUUCAUAUUUUUAAAUAAAAUUUAGUAAACAUAGACAAAUAGGUGUCUUGAUAAAGGCUUGGAAAAGUGAAUGAAUAAAUAAAUAUAGAGUUAUAUUAGUUAUUUAAUUGAAAUAAAACAAGCCAAUGGGCAUGUUUCUGAUAGUCAAUAUGUUUCUAAAAAAAUAGGAUCAGGUGGGCUUCCUUCCAUUCCAGCCCACCCGGUGUUUGGUGGUACGCCAAAAUCUUCAAAAUACUUCAGGUGGUACGCAGUUGCUAGAAGGUUGGGAACCCCUGCUUUAGUGUGUUAAUCUGUUGGGGAUUUAAUUUGGAUUCAAUUUACAAAUUCUUUUCAACAUAUUAUUUAUAUCUGUUCCGGGCCAUAAAUGCACUAAGCAUAUUGGUACAUUUUUUUAUUCAGUUAAUUUCGAUCGGGCGACCAGGCAAGAAACUAUCUGAUAAUUUUUUUUGUCUGGUCAUUAGCAAUCGAUUCCAAGGUUCAAUGUAUAUCUGAACCGCUCAACCUUGUAAUUACCUUCGUUAAUAUAAUAUAAUAAAAUAUUUGUAAAUUUUUAUGUUGAGGCAAUACGUAAAGUAUUCUCAACAAUGAUAACCUGUACUUAUUGUACGGUUAUAGAGUAUAUUUCCAUAGGUAAGCUGGUUAAGAGUAGAUAACGAUUUUUCAAAUUUAAUUUAAAGUAUUAUCUGCAUAAAUGGCACAAAGAAUAUUUGCUACGAGAGGUAUAUGGUUCAAAAUGCAUACAGUAUCACGACUAAUAAGUUAUGUUAACAUAUAUGUAGAGUACUCACAGUUUUAUUCCUUGAUGACGUCACAUCAGAGCUCUGAUUGAAUUCCAUAAUCCAUUUGGUUCAUUUGUAAGGCACUCACUAAUACGCUAAAUAAAUCAUCGUCGAUAAUACUGAGCAAAUUGAGUUAUCUAAGCGGUAUUAAAACGAAUAGCAAGAAAGACCGGUAUGCGGCCUUUUUCAACGAAUAGCGGGAGAACGAUUAUGAGAGAUGAUUUUAGUUUGGAAGCUAUUUACGAUCUGCCCCGGCGAGGGGUUGAAAUGCGAGUCUCAACAAUAACCUGGAGUUUCCAGAAAGGUCUACAUAAAUACUACUUGAAUUUUAAGUAAUCAGUAGUACAGGGGCGUAACUAAUUAUUUUAGUGAGCCGUGUAUAAUAUAUUUAUUGUACAUAUUGCCGGGGGCGACAGGCGAGGGAGAUGGCCUAUAUCACCUCGAAGAGAGGGGAUUGGCAAAGAUGUGCACAACGAUAAGAAAUGUUUGAAGAAAUUAGAGUUUAUAUACACAAGGGGUAACAACGAUAAAAUGGAGGAAAACGAUAAGUUUUCCCCCUAGGGAUACAUUUUAAUCUUCCAGGGGAAUCACAGCGAUUUUCGUAAUACCACGAAGAAAAUCACCGUGAGUAGUGUGAAUCUUGACAGUACGAACUAGACCAUCCUUACCAGGCAAUACAUCUAUUACCCUGGCAGUUGGCCAUAAGAGUGGAGGAGUACCAUCCUCCUUCAACAGAACCAAAUCCCCGAUCUUGACAGGGUCAGUAGGGUCGGUCCAUUUAUUUCUUUGCUGCAGGAGGCAAAGAUAGUCUUUUUUCCACAAUUUCCAAAAUUGCUGUUGAAUUUUACUAAUACGCUGAAAAAGAUUCAACCUAUUUUCAGGUAUCUCUGAAACACUUGGUUCAGGGGGCGCGGUUAAACUUCUUUGAACUAAGAAGUGAGCUGGAGAUAGGAAAGCGAAGUCAUUGGCGUCAGACGACAUCCUAGUGAUGGGUCUCGAAUUUAGAAUAGCCUCGAUUUGGCAUAAUACUGUGUUAAACACUUCAAAGGUGAAGUGGGAAUUUCCUAUAAUUCGAUAGAGGUGAUACUUCACACUCUUUAUUCCUACCUCAUGGAGGCCGAAUUGAUGGGGGUUGCGGGGAACACCCAUCUUGAAAGUUAUGGAGUUUUGAGUACAGAAUUCCUUAAUCUGUUCCGAAUUAUUUUGAUUUAAGAAAAAAUCAUAUAAUUCGCGCAUUUCAUUUUUUGCCCCAUGGAAAUUUGUGGCAUUGUCGCUCCAAAUAACACUGGGCGUGGAUCUUCUGGCAAUAAACCUUUUCAGAGUAAGAAUAUAGGCUUCUGCGCUUAAUCCUGUGACGAGUUCGAUAUGAACACAUUUAGUGCUCAUGCAAAUGAAAUAGGCUACGUAUGCUUUGUAAAGCGGUGCCUUCCUCAAAUGUGAGGACUUAAUUAAGAAGAACCCCCCAUAGUCCACCGAGACGACUUGGAAUGGCCUAGUGGGGAGUACACGAUCGGGAUGCAUAUCUGCCAUCUGUUGAACAGAAUUGGGUGUCAUGAAUCGGAAACAGUUUACACACUUACGAAUUAAGCGUUUAAUCUGUCUUAAUCCGUCAAUUGGCCAGUACUUCAUUUUGACAUACGAAAGUACUGUUUGCGCGCCUGAAUGUAAUAACUUAUGAUGAGCUUGAGUCAACAUUAGUUCUACAACUCGACAUUUAGAAGGAAGUAGAAUGGGGUGUUUUUGAUUAUAUGAUAUGGGGGCGUGUCGGAGACGUCCUCCCACACGAAUCAGCCCAUCAUUAUGUUGUAGGAAGGGGUUGAGUUUACGAAUGGCUUUAUUGGUCACGAGUUUAGCAUUUUUCAAUUCAAGAAUCUCUUUUUUAAAGUAGAUACUUUGGAUAUACCUGAUGAUCGCGUGAUCAGCGAUCUCCAUUUCGGGUGGCGUCAAUAUAUCCGUAUCUCGUGGGGAGUUAUUCAUUUUCUUUUUAAUAUUACUGAUGAAUCUAAAAAGAUAAGCGACAAUUCUUUGAAUUUUACGAAAAGAAGAAGAUUUAGCGAAUAGAUUUUCAAAGGUGUCGUUGAGUUCGUGAUUUGUUGCUAUGUUUGAGACAACUGACUUCCUUAAUUCAGGAAGAUCAUCCUCAAGAUGAGGAAUUUGAUGAAGAGAAAAAUCGAUGGGAUUGUCUCUAAUAAAGCUAGGUCCGCAUAACCAGUCUUCGGUGGUCUGGGGAUUAUCAAAGACAUUUAUCCCUCUGGAAGCGGGGUCAGCGAUGUUUUCGUGACUUCUGACGAAAUAGAAAUCACAAGGAAAAGUUUCCAACAAGGAAUUGACCUUUUGAAUUCUGUUUUGUACAAAAAUGUUCCAAAUGUGUUUUUUAGAAAGUAUCCAAGACAAGGCAAUUGUAGAGUCAGCAAAGAGAUGAGAUGAAGAUAUACUCAAAUUUUUCUUGAAGAUGUGAAAAAGUCUAUGAGCCAGAGUGACUCCCAACACUAUUCCACAAAGUUCCAAUUUGGGAAUAGUGCGUUUAUUUUUUAGCGGAGAAAUUUUGUUUUUAGAAGCGAUAAGCCGCGACGAUACAGAAAAGUCUGAGUAUGUCGCUUUGAGAUACACACAAGUGCUGUAUAUUUUUUCCGAUGCGUCGGUGAAAAUAAUUAAUUGAACAUCAACAACUUUCUUUUGUAAAAGUAAGCAUCGAGGUACCUUGACCUCUUCUACAGUUUUGAAUGUCGAUAAGAGGUUUUGCCAAUUUUUCAUAAUGAUGGGUGAGUCAAUGGGUUGAUCCCAGUCCAAUUUCUGGGACCAUAUUUCUUGUAUCAAGAGCUUAGCGUUCACAAGGACAGGGGAUAAACAUCCUAGCGGGUCAUACAAAGUAGCAAUGUAGGAGAGAAUAGUACGUUUAGUAACAACAUUAGCCAAUUUGAAGAUAGGAGUUUUAAACGAAAAGUGGUCGUGUUCUGAAUCCCAGAAUAUGCCUAAGACUUUAUCAGAUCCCGUGAAGUUAAGACUGACUUCAGAGACGGGAUUUAAAUUGUGUUGAGACAGAAAUUCUGAAGAACUGCAGUUCCACUUGUGGAGGAGGAAACCAUGGGUUUCUAGCAAAGAAGUUAAUUGUUCGAAAAGACAAUUUAAUUCAUGAAGACUAUCAGCACCGCUGAUCAGGUCAUCCAUAUAGAUAGAUUCUUGCAGAACACUAGUAGCAAGUUCGUGGGUAUGUUUGUUGUUGUCAGCGAUGUGCUUGACAACUCUUUGAGCGAUAAAUGGGCUACUUGGGAGCCCGAAGGGUAAUCUUUGAAAUUGAUAGCACCGUAAAGGCUGCUGAACAUUGUCCCUAAAGAGAAAAUUUAACAGAAAUGUUUCAGUGGGACAAAUGGCGAUUUGUAGGAACAUAGCCUUGAUGUCGCCUACUAGUGCGAAUUUAAACUGACGAAACUUAGCGAGAAUGUCAAAGAAUUCAUGUUGGACGACAUAACCUUUGUCUAUGACGUCACUGAGGGAGAUUCCCGUAGACGAUUUAUUGUUUGGAUCGAAAACUAUACGAGUGGAAGUAGUAGAGUUGGAUUUGAAAACGGGAAAGUGAGGGAGAAAGUAAUUAGGUUUACCUGAGUCAUUUAGCAUUUUUAACGGCACUUGAAUUAUUUGUCCGUUAUUGAGAUAUUCCGAUAUAAUGUCCUGAUACUUUUCCAAUAAAUCAGGGUUGAGUUGAAAACGUUUCUCGAGACUUAGAAAACGUCUUUUUGCCGAGAGAAACGAAUUUCCCAUGUCUAUAUCUUCGAUAGGGAGUUUGAGAUUGAGUGUGGACUCAUAUCGUCCAUUGGGGAGAACAUUAACAUGCUUUACAAAAUUAAUUUCAGCGGGGUGAACAUUAACGAGAUCGGUGUUCUGAGGAGCGGCUUCUUCCAGCUCCCAGAAUUUUUGUAAAUGAUCGAAUAGUUCCUCGUUGGACACUAACGGCUCAUUUACGGCGGAAGGAAUGUUAUGAGAACAACAAGUAACGAGAGAGUUUGAAUAAAAUUCCAAAGCCUUUUUAGUAUUUUUCGACUUGAGAGCAAAGUCUGGAACUGACCCUGAUAUCGUGUACCCGAGUAGAGUGCGUUGAAGAACGGGAAGACCUUUUCCCAAACGAAUUAUUUCAGGUUGAAUGAUAUCGUUAUACAGGUCUGCACCGAGCAGGAUACCAAUUGGGGAUGUUACAUGGAACAUCGGAUCACCUAAUGGUAUCUCUGAGGGUAUGUUUAGUUUGCUCGCCGAAAUAGAAAUUUGAGGAAGCGGAUUUGUUAUCUUUGGGACUACAUAAGCGAUUUAGAGUUGGCGUACCUUUGUGUCAGGUUAUCCCGGGCUGUUUUGUAAUUGUCACCUGUGAGUGGGAUAUGCUCGAGAAGCGGCAAAGGCUCGGAAGUUAGAAAACUUUUGAGGUAAAUGAGUUUUUCCAGAUCACUUAAUGUAGUAUCAGAUCCUAUUAUUGUAUCAAAGGUCUCAAUGAAUGAAUUGUAUUCAGUAACUAAGCCACUAAAUGGUUUUAACUGAAUACGAGGGAGGUUUACUGUUCGUUGCCUAGCCAUAGACUGUGAGGUUAGAGAAGAAUUAGGGUCAAAUUGGAGGGAGGGGGUAGCAGUCACAUUAGAACUUUCAAUGACCUCUAAUCUUUCUUCCAAUAGAGAAAUUAUAUCCAAAUAUUUAUCAAAAACCAUAGAGGAAUCAGUAGAGGGGGUAGGUUCCUCGGGAAUCGUCUCCAGCACAUUUUGAGCAUCGCGGAAAAGUCCGUAAGAAUGUUUGAGUUGUGAAAUUAUUUCACGAAUUUUAUAUUUGUUUAGAGAAUUAAGAGUUGUGGGAACCGAAUCAGCCAACUUGGUUAUAUCAAGUUUUGCGGUGAGCCUCUGUCGGUUAUAUUUUGAUCGGGUCAGCCAUGUUGCGAGAAUGGGAGAUUAGAUAGAUUAUUUGCAAAUGUCUAAACCUAUAAAUCUAUGCGAAUAUGAGAGAAUAUGUACAAUAUAUUAUAUAUUACACGUUUAAUAGUGUGAGAUUGGCUUAAUAGUAUCACCCUGUAUGAGUGCAGAUUAGUAUAUGAAAUGCAAAACUAUAAAAUUUCAAAAUAUAUGCAAUUUUCCAAAAUGGGUAUUUUUCAGCAAGUGUGAGACACCCUUAACAAGUAUUUAAAUUAAUUAAAUUGAAGGAAAAAACAAUUAUUUAUUUUCUAUAGUUUUCUAGAAGUGUAAAAUGAGCUUAAGCGAAGCUAAAUGCAGCAAAAACUUACAAUUUAUGCAAGAAAACAAAAUUAUUUUUAAUAAUUUUUGUAACCUGUGAACCAGGCUUAAUUGGAUUCAAAAUUAUAAAUUUAAUUUAAAUCAAAAGGUUGAACAAACAAUGUUAAAAUUAUAACACCCGUACUAUCAGCCAAGAAAUGAGUACACUUUUUGUAUACUAUAAACAGAAAAAUAUAUUUACGAAAAUAAAAUAAAGUAAUGUGCCCUGUAAAUAUUUUUUCAUACAAAUAAAACGACUCCUUUAUUUGAACAAAGCAAGUAGUUUCUGAAAUUGCACGUGUAGACCGGGCUUAACAACCUACCAACUAUUGCAGAGACGUGCUGGGUUAAAUACUGAGAAUUUGACUGCAGAAAGAGAGGAAUAUUUUAUUUUUGUGCCGGCGCGGCGUGGCUUGGAAAUUUCCAAAUGCAACAGAAAGACACUAUAAAUGAAAAACCGUUAUUCUCAGAAUAGAGAUUAUCAAAAUAUGCAAAUACGAAGGACCUUGAGGAUUUAAUUAAUAAAUAAUUAAUAUGAUACGGCUCGAUGGAUCAGAAAUGUUGAGGCAAUACGUAAAGUAUUCUCAACAAUGAUAACCUGUACUUAUUGUACGGUUAUAGAGUAUAUUUCCAUAGGUAAGCUGGUUAAGAGUAGAUAACGAUUUUUCAAAUUUAAUUUAAAGUAUUAUCUGCAUAAAUGGCACAAAGAAUAUUUGCUACGAGAGGUAUAUGGUUCAAAAUGCAUACAGUAUCACGACUAAUAAGUUAUGUUCACAUAUAUGUAGAGUACUCACAGUUUUAUUCCUUGAUGACGUCACAUCAGAGCUCUGAUUGAAUUCCAUAAUCCAUUUGGUUCAUUUGUAAGGCACUCACUAAUACGCUAAAUAAAUCAUCGUCGAUAAUACUGAGCAAAUUGAGUUAUCUAAGCGGUAUUAAAACGAAUAGCAAGAAAGACCGGUAUGCGGCCUUUUUCAACGAAUAGCGGGAGAACGAUUAUGAGAGAUGAUUUUAGUUUGGAAGCUAUUUACGAUCUGCCCGGGCGAGGGGUUGAAAUGCGAGUCUCAAUAAUAACCUGGAGUUUCCAGAAAGGUCUACAUAAAUACUACUUGAAUUUUAAGUAAUCAGUAGUACAGGGGCGUAACUAAUUAUUUUAGUGAGCCGUGUAUAAUAUAUUUAUUGUACAUUUUAUUUGAAUAAUUUGAUGAUUUUGUAACUUUUUAUAUUUUUUGACUAUUAAAUUAUUUAUUAUAUAUUUAUUAUAUUUAUUAUUUUUUAUAAAUAUAUACCUUUUUUAUAUAUUUGAUGAUUUUGUAACUUUUUUUUUCAUUCAGGAAUUUAUACUUGAUCAUUAA